UUUUUUUUGCCUGUAUAUGAGUUUUGGCCUGUAUGUAAGCUUAUCAAAGCCCGUAUGUGUGACGCAGUGAGUGUGUGUGUUGUGUGUGUGUCUAUCUACAGUACAUCCUUAUACUUUUCUUCAUGUGGUUAGUGGUAAGAAUGGUUGUCAGAGUCCUUGGGCGAACUGACCAACAAGCUAUUGGAACCCACCUGGGCUUAGGCUGCAGCAUCUAGCCACCUAGCCAUAGAUGUUCAUCACUCAGGGCCCUACCUCAAGGCUCCGUAUGGGAUAGAAGAGGGUGCUGUGGCCACCUAUCAGCAAAAGUCCACAGGCUCCAGGCCUCACCAGGGAUUGCCUGCCCCCAGGUGCUGCAGUGCGGCUGUGUGAUGAGGACCAGGGUUGGUUGGAGCCUGACCUCUUCAACUGCACCUCGCCCGCCUUUCGAGAGCUUAGUCUGCUGGUGAGACUCUGCCCAGAUAGUGUCCUACACCCAAGACCUUCGGGCCUGUGACAGGCCCAAUGUAAACCUCAGCCCCUGACCUCUUGGCCUUUCCUAGUUGCCCUUUCAUCUGUCCAAGCCUUUCUCCCUGUAAGGCUUUUGAGAAAGGCCUACAGGAUCACAGAACAACCACUGCCAUCCUUGUCCUGGCAGUUGGAUGGCCUAGAGCUGAACAAGACAACACUGGAUACUGUGGAGGCCAAGAAGCUGGCUCAGAGGCUGCGGGAGGUGACCGGCCAGACUGACCACUACUUUAGCCAAGAUGUCCGAGUCACUGCCCGCUUGCUGGCCUACUUGCUGGCUUUUGAGAGCCAUCAGCAGGGCUUCGGGCUGACAGCCACACAAGAUGCUCACUUCAAUGAGAAUCUGCUGUGGGCUGGUUCUGCACUGCUUGCUCCAGAGACAGGCGACUUGUGGGCAGCCCUGGGACAGCGGGCUCCUGGGGGCUCCCCAGGAAGUGCAGGGCUGGUGCAGCAUCUGGAGGAAUAUGCAGCCACACUUGCAAGGAAUAUGGAACUGACAUACCUGAAUCCUGUGGGACUCGUCACACCCAAUAUCAUGCUCAGCAUUGACCGCAUGGAGCAUCCUAGUUCCUCUCAGGGAGCCCGUCGUUAUCCCCGCUACCACAGCAACCUUUUCCGGGGCCAAGACGCCUGGGAUCCUCAUACACACGUGCUCUUGCCCUCACAGUCCCCACAGCCAUCCCCAUCUGAAGUUCUGCCCACAAGCACCAACACAGAAAACGCCACAGCCUCAAGUGUGGUCUCCUCACCAGCCCCCCUGGAGCCUGAGCCUGAGCCUGGGAUGUCCAUUGUCAUUCUCCUCGUGUACCGCACCUUGGGAGGGCUUCUCCCUGCCCAGUUCCAGGCUGAGCGCCGGGGCGCCAGGCUCCCCCAGAACCCUGUUAUGAACUCCCCGGUGGUCAGCGUAGCUGUUUUCCAUGGACGCAACUUCCUAAGGGGUGUUCUGGUAUCCCCAAUCAACCUUGAGUUCCGCCUUCUACAGACAGCGAAUCGGAGCAAAGCGAUCUGUGUGCAGUGGGACCCACCUGGCCCGACAGACCAGCACGGUAUGUGGACAGCAAGGGACUGCGAGCUGGUGCACAGGAACGGAUCCCAUGCACAAUGUCGCUGCAGUCGGACAGGCACUUUUGGAGUCCUUAUGGAUGCCUCUCCCCGUGAGCGCCUGGAGGGAGACCUCGAGCUGCUGGCGGUGUUCACUCAUGUGGCCGUGGCUGUGUCUGUGACGGCACUAGUACUGACUGCAGCUGUCCUGCUGAGCCUGCGCAGCCUCAAGUCCAAUGUGCGUGGGAUCCAUGCCAACGUGGCAGCUGCCCUGGGGGUAGCGGAGCUCGUCUUCCUGCUGGGAAUCCACAGGACCCACAACCAGCUGCUGUGCACGGCAGUCGCCAUCCUCCUGCACUACUUCUUCCUCAGCACCUUCGCAUGGCUCCUGGUGCAGGGCCUGCACCUCUACCGAAUGCAGGUCGAGCCUCGAAAUGUGGAUCGUGGUGCCAUGCGCUUCUACCAUGCCCUGGGCUGGGGCGUCCCCGCUGUGUUGUUGGGCCUUGCUGUUGGGCUGGAUCCAGAUGGCUAUGGGAACCCUGACUUCUGCUGGAUCUCCAUCCAUGAGCCCCUUAUCUGGAGUUUUGCUGGCCCUAUCAUCCUUGUCAUUGUGGUGAGUGGCCGCGGAGCUCUCGGUGCCACUUGUGAGCUUCAUUCUCUGGGAAGAGGGAGAAGACUUGGAGCAAGUGAUGGGGAGGUGGUGCGCAGGCACCCUGGACCGCUGCCGACUCAUGUCUGGUCACAGAGUGAACUCCCACUCAGCCGGCAUGGAUGUGGGGGAGGGGUCAGUGGGGUCAAAGACUUGGCUAUGCCUCCUGCUUCUGUCUCCAUUUCUCUCUGUCGCUGUCACAACCCUUCUCAGCGUCUCUCCAUCUCUGACUCUCGUGUGAUCUUUCGGUUCUUCUGUCUCUUUCCCCUUCCCUCUCAUUUUCUCUCUCUCCAUGUUUGGGCUUGUGGUCUGGGUCUCUUUCUGUCUCUUACUGUCUCUGUCUCUCUCUCCCCGCUCCACCUGACUGUGGGUGUAGAUGAAUGGGACCAUGUUUCUCCUCGCUGCCCGCACCUCCUGCUCCACAGGGCAGAGGGAGGCCAAGAAGACCUCUGUGCUGUGAGUUGGCUAGUUGAGGGAAGUCGGGGCCCUCAAGAUGGCAGGCUCCUCCUGGGUGGGGUUUGGUGGAGGUUGGGCUCCAAGUUCUGCAUGAAGGAAAGCCCUUCCUGCCUUGGCCUGUGGUCCCUCUCCGGUAACUUUCGCCAUAUUCUGGCCUCACAUGUACUUUCACUGUUGUCUCCCAACCCCCUGGGUCUCCCAGGGUUCUUCUAUGACCUGAGUGAUUCUCUUUACCCCACCUUUACCUGUCUGCCUAUCUUCUGUUGUCUCUCAUGGCUCCUGACUCCAUUGUCUUUCCCAUGGUCUUUCAUGGCUCCCUGAAUGCUCUCCUGGUUCUUGGUGUGAUUGCUCAUCUUCUUUAGUCCUCCUGAGACUUGUAUGUUCCUGUGUGAGGUGUUUUCUUUAUGUCCCCUGUGUGUCCUCCUGUGUCCCCUGCAUAAGCCCUGUCUGACU